AUGCCUCGCCGUCGUCCAUCCGGUAAGAGCAAUUCUCGCUCGAAGCCGCGGCCAGUGGAUCGCAAGGACAGCAAAAUAAAAAGGUGGAAUAAGGCUUCUGAUAUUGAGUUAGACGAAGAGGACCAAUUCCAUGCGUCCAGGGAUAAGAUCCUUUUAAAUGGAGACGGAGAUGUCGAGGAUGAAGAUGAGGAUGAAGACGAAGUUUUUGCUCUCGAAGGGGUAUCGGAAGAGGAUUCAGAAGAGGCUGAAGAAGACGAGGACGGAUUUGCGCAUGCUGAAGAUGAAGACGACGACGAAGACCCAGUUGUCACCAAGAAAGCAAAAUCCAAGACCAAGUUGAAGAAGGCAUCGUCUCCUUCAGAUACUGGAUCUGAGGAUGAAUCCUGGGGUCGAAGCAAGUCAGCGUAUUACUCAUCCAAUGCUGCCCAGAUCGACUCAGAAGACGAGGAGGCAAAUGAACUGGAGGAACAGGAAGCCCGUAGACUACAGGUGAAGGCUCGGGAUGCUAUUCAUGAGGACGAUUUUGGAUUGGGUGAAGGUCUCGAACCAGAAUCCGAUGCUGAGGUUGAAGAUUCAUUAGAGGAACAAUCACGGCCCACAAUUGACGUUUCCUUGAAUGACAAGAAGGCCGUCUUGCAGCACCUGGAAAGAGAAAAUCCAGAAGCUCUUGCCUUGGCCCGUGACUGGGAUGAUACGGCCCGUAAUCUCAUCGAAAUGCAAGCAAAAAUUGCUGCAAUAUCGGAGAAAGAAACGGACGGAACUGAACUUGGACUUCUGCACAUAUACUAUCGUCAGUUCUCACCUCCGGUUUAUUUUAAUCAUGCUGUGUCAGGAUUUCUGAUCAACCAGUUCCUUUUAUAUAUUACAGAGGCUCUCCUGACCUAUGCUACUACCCUUGCGUAUUAUCUUCACCUUCGCUCUUUGGAGAAAUACGCAGGUCGUCCUCUACUCCUGAGACAGCACCCUGUCCUAAAUCGUUUGCUCACUCUCAAGCAAUCACUUGUCACGCUAGAAAAUUUAGGCGUUGGCACUGACUCGCAGGACGAAGAUGACGAAGAUGACAAGUACGAAGACGAAUCCGGCGAACCAGGAUCUGAGACACCUGACUUGUGGAGCAUCUUGAUGACAAAGGGUCUAGAAUCUGAUGAGCUGACAGAUCUGCUGAUGGACGCCGAUGAUGAACCUAGAAAGGCAUCAAAGAAAGACAAGAUCGAAGUUAAGCCUCCCAAGAAAAAACGCAAAACUUCCGAUGAUAAAAAUAGACAACCAAUCUUCGACCUUGUCGAGCCAGAGUUUGAGGCCGCAUCGACUUACGCAAAGAAGAAGCGUUCGGCCCCCGCUGACACCAGUAGCACAGACGCAUUCGGUGAAGCUACGUUCCUACAACACGUUGACGCCACCGACAAACAGGCGCGCAGGAAGAGCUUGCGUUUCCAUGUGUCACGCAUUGAAAGUGCUACUGCGCGGCGCCAGAAUGCUCGUGUCAAUGCAGUGGGCGGUGACGACGACAUUCCUUACCGCGAACGAAGGAAAGAAAAGGAGCAGAGAAUGGAGAAAGAGCAGCAGCGAAAAGCCGGAACGCUAGGGAUGGGCGGAGAUGACCUGGAUGAUGCAGAUCCCGAAAUCACUGACGCAAGCAGCCGCAGCAAAAAGAGACGGAGAGAUGUUGAAGUCGAGGAUGAUGAUGAUAGCGACACGGCUGCAGCACAUGGCUAUUACGAGCUCGUGAAACGACAGGCCGCGGACAAGAAGAGCAAGAAAAAGAUAGAAUAUCAGGAGGCUCGGGCGGCCGAGCGACUUGUCUUUGGUGAACAUGAUGCGGCAUCUGGCCCGCGCUCGGUAACGCGGGCCAUAAUGAAAAAUAAGGGACUAACGCCGCACAGGUCAAAGAGUGUGCGCAAUCCCCGUGUCAAAAAACGCCAAAAAUACGAGCAAGCCAAAAAGAGGGUGUCGUCACAGCGUGCUGUUUACAAGGGUGGUAUCGGCGAUGCCUCAAAAUACACAGGCGAGCAGUCUGGUAUAUCCAAAGUUAUCAAGAGCGUCCGCCUGGGCUAA